ACCACCCACUGGACUUGUUUCCCUUCCCUGACCCUGGUUUAAAGGACCACGGUCAGCUUUUCAGUCACAUCAUUCCCUUAAAGAGGUAGCGAGUGAGAACUGGAGAACAGGGCAGCUCAGGGGAACUGUGACUGCCAUCAGAGGGAAAGAAAGGUACUCUAACAGGAAGAACCUGUCCUUUCCUAAGGACAGGCUACAGAGUCCCAUUUUAAGGCCCAAGGGAGAGGGCGCUCUGAGCAAUUCCUAAACCCAAAAAGAGUAAAAGGUGUGUGCGCCUUUAAGAGGAAGGUUGGAAAACGGAGGCGGCCUGACGUCCCUUCACCUGGUGGCGCCAGUACGGAAUGGGAGUACCCUGGGCAUCCGUGGCAUGAGUACAGUGGCCCCGGAAGGCAAUCAGAGGAAAGGGGGGUUACUUCUCCAGUUUCUGGCUGACCGCUUCUAUGACGUGGAGGCUCUGAGGGAUUACCUGUUCCGAAAGCAGAUGUCAAAGGUGCACCAGAAAAAUCGAUCGUUCACCUACAUCAAGGAGCAAUACGGCCCAUACGUCGCAGGCGCCUAUUUCGUCCUGAAGCAAGGAGGCGCAGUCAAGUAUGACAGCAAAGGAACCUCUCAGCCCUCAGCUUCCAGGUUCCGGGGCAAGGAGUGGAUCCGGUCAAAUGGGCGUGGCCACUCCACUCUGGAGUUCUUGCAUUUCCAAGCGGUACCCGUAGAGGCUGUCGAUGCCAGUGACUGUGCCAUCAACUACCAAGGCCUGGACAACCUCUUGGCCCUGAAGGAGCUCCAGUCCCUGUCGCUGCAGCGCUGUCCCCAUGUGGAUGACUGGUGUCUCAGCCGCCUCUACCAGCUGGCCGACUCAUUGCAGGAGCUCUCGUUGGCCGGUUGCCCCCAAAUCUCUGAACGGGGCCUCGCCUGUCUCCACCACCUCCAGAACCUCCGCAGGCUGGACAUCUCAGACCUCCCUGCCGUGUCCAACCCAGGCCUCACUCAGAUCUUGGUGGAGGAAAUGCUGCCCAACUGUGAAGUUCUGGGGACCGACUGGGCCCAGGGCCUGAAGUCGGGGCUGGAGGAGCAGUCUCGGGACACAGCCAGCCCCAUGCCUGUCUAGCUUACCGCCCCCUCCACGUCAAGCUGGAUCUGGCAGAGCUGUGUUUAGUGUCUGACGGUUCUCCAUACUUCUGGCUUCCAGCUGGGCUCACUCACCGUGGGGGCUGGGGUGGGAUGAGGGGUGUGGC